GCCCGCCGUCGUCGGCUUGAUAAAUUUUGGCAGGCUGCUAUAUAGGCAAGCUCGCAGCAGAGCUGCCAGCGAGUCGAUUUGCUGCAGCGCGCCACCCGCCGACCAUCUUUUCGCCGACCGACGCCCGCCGACGCGUGACGUCGACCACCGCUCUCCGAAAGCAAUUCACCAGCUGCCGACCGCUGAAGCGCGGAGGAAGCCAAACUCACCACCAAGCUCCAUCGUCCCGCUGAAGCGCGGAGACCCAAGCAAUAGUCAGUACAUGAGCGCGCGCAGCGGCAGCAUGACCGCGCGCGAGACGAGCCCCAAGCCCGCCGAGGACAAGGCCUCGCUCCUCGAGAAAGGAGCGCCCGCGCCCGCAGCCCCACCGGCCCCGGGCGCCAAGCAGUUGUUGUUCUGCUUCAUCGGCCUCCAAGCCAGUUAUUUAACGUGGGGCUACGUGCAGGAAAAAGUGAUGACAAAGGAGUACUCCACGGGGAGAUUCCCCUCGGCGACGUUCUGCGUCUUUUCGAACCGUGUCUUAGCUGUUACCGUAGCGUGGGCGGUCACGAUGUAUAAACAUGGAGGCAAGUUAAAUAUUCCUGCACCGUUGUGGGUCUUCGCGCCUUGUGCUCUCAGUAACACGCUAUCGAGUUUCGGCCAGUACCAGGCUCUCCACUACGUCUCCUUCCCUUUGCAGACCAUCGCCAAGUCCACAAAGGUCAUCCCCGUGAUGAUCAUGGGAAAAGUUUUAAAUAAAAAAACGUACCCCUGCGUCGAUUACAUCGAGGCCGUCCUGAUCUGUCUAGGCGUAUCACUAUUCAGCUUGGCGAACGUCACCACGGACUUUUUUGGGGGAGGCACGUCCGGAGACGCCUCGUCGUACGCGGCUAUGGCCGGUGUGGCCAUGCUGGCCCUCUACAUCGUCUCUGACUCCUUCACGAGCCAGUGGCAAAGUCGCUUGUACCAAGCCCACCCGACGGUGGACCAGUUCCAGAUGAUGUUCGCCGUCAACACCUGGGCCAUCAUCAUGACGACCUUCGCCCUCGUCACGUCGGGUGAACUCUGGAUCACGCUGCAAUUCAUCGGAGACAACCCCAUCGCGUUCCUCGACAACGUCACGAUAGCCAUAACCAGCGCCACAGGACAGCUCUUCAUCUUCUACACGAUCAAGACCUUCGGGCCCAUCGUUUUCACGAUCAUCAUGACGACGCGGCAGAUGUUCUCCAUCGUCCUCAGCACGGUGAUAUUUGGGCAUGCGAUCAAGCCGCUCAUGGGGAUGGGUGCGAUUAUCGUGUUCGCGACGAUCUUCAACCGCAUCAAGCGCCAAGCUGCCAAGCGCAAGCAGGCCGCGCCGGCGGCGCCGCCCUCCAAAUAGACUAACGUGAUAGCAUGUGUUA